CCCAUAUAGCUCUUGUUUAGGGCCCCUACAUAAAAGAAGCUAUAACAGCCGGUGUUGUUGCUGCUACAGUUUCAGUACAAAAAACUCAUAGUUUGAUUACAAUACAAAAAUUACUUAUAGUAUAUAGGACUCUGUAAAUAUAAUAAACCGAAAUCUACUGUAUCACUAGAACAAGCAACUAUAAAGCAUUCCUCGAGUACUUGUCCAGUUUCAAUUGUGCUCUCAUAAGGUGUUUGAUAUUCUAUCGGGAACAGUGUCAUCAAGACUAAACUGACAAAAUGACUGACGAGGCUCUACCAGCGGAACAAAUUGCCGUCCUCCGCAAGGCGUUCGAUGGCUUCGAUAGGGAGCACUCAGGCAGCAUAUCUACAGAAAUGGUUGCCGAAAUAUUGCGCCUCAUGGGUCAGCCCUUCAACAAACGUAUUCUCGAAGAACUCAUUGAAGAAGUUGAUGCCGACAAAUCCGGUCGCUUAGAGUUUGACGAAUUCGUUACACUUGCUGCAAAAUUCAUUGUUGAAGAAGAUGCAGAAGCAAUGCAAAAAGAGUUGCGUGAAGCUUUCAGGCUUUAUGACAAAGAAGGAAAUGGCUACAUACCAACGUCCUGCUUGCGCGAAAUUCUCCGCGAGUUGGACGACCAGCUGACUGAGGCCGAACUCGACAUGAUGAUCGAGGAGAUCGAUUCCGAUGGUUCGGGAACGGUAGACUUUGAUGAAUUCAUGGAGAUGAUGACUGGAGAGUAAUAGAAUAUAAUAUAAAUUUAGCUUGCUUUUUAACGCCCUUUUUAUAUAUUUAUACGUACUAGUUACUAAUUACAAUUUUGCUUUAGUAAUUCUUCUUAUAUAUGUUUUUAGUUUUACAAUAUUAUAAUAUUUUAAAGUUUGUUAAAUAGACUACUUUUAAUAUAUUGCUUGUAUAUGUACUUUAAAAUAUGAUUAAUGUAUAAUAUUAAAUAGUGUAUUCCUUC